AUGUCGCAUGGGGCGCCCAAUGAGGGGGCGCUGCCGAUACAGAUUCAGAUCAACACGACGGAGGAACGAAGCAGUAUGCUCAAGUCCUGGUCCGUCUACAUGGUGGAGGUCAACGACUUUGGUCGCAAGUUUACGGUGGAGAAGCGCUUCGACGACUUCGACCGCCUCCACGCGGACCUCCGGGAGAUGGAUGCGGGCAUGCCCCCUCUGCCGGAGAAGAAGUUCAUGCAGUCCACCGACGCCUCCGUGGUCGCCGAGCGGAAGCCUGCCUUCGAGCGGAUCCUGCGACACCUGUUGAGGAGCGAAGCAGCGGUGCACGAGAAGCAGCAGACGAUCUUCAAGUUCCUCGAGCUGCCCACGCCUGCGGUAGUGGCCUUUAGAUACCUCUUCAAGACGCAGCGCCUCGCGAGCGCGCGCCAGUGCGGAAAGCUGACGGAUCCCAAGUGGGAGAAGGACCACGCCUACCGCCUGACCCAUCCGGCCGUGGUGCGGACGAGCCUACGGCUUCUGGGCGAAGGUGCUCUUCUCGAGGCGGCCGAAGCGGCGGCGGCUGCUCCGGACCUGUCACCCGACUCGGAGGACGGAGCUGCGGAGAAGCCCGCGCCUCCUCGCCGGGACCCGGCCGCCCUGGCGGAGGCCGAGGCGUCCGUCGUCGAGAUUUUGCGCUUCGCCGUGGCCAAUGGCAAUGAGCAGACGCGUCAGUUCUUUCUCCAAGAGAAGGGCCUCUCCGCGCUGCUGGGGUUCAUCUUCCGGAAAGGAAUGAAGGAGCCCGCAAAUGGCCCAGAUCCGCGUGCGCGAGGCGUGCUCAACGCGCUGAUCAAGACAGAGGGCGACAAGUUUGCGGCCGUGUUUGCGAGCUUCCUGGAGACGGGAGGCUUGGCUGCCCUCCGCGCCGGCACCUCGCUGCUGCAGCAGCCGAGUUUCGCCGAGUUCGUGUCCAAGCUGCUCUGGCUCGCCUGGGAACUGCAGGUGCAGCAGGUCUUCCUGGCCGAGGAGCAGAGUCGGGAGGCGCUGGGGCUCCUCUCAGCGCUGUUCGACUGCCCCUCCAAGGGUGCCCGCGUCUGCGCAGGCUUGCUGCUUGCGUGUGCGCUGGCCAAUCGCCAGUUGGCUGGGCGCGAAGAGCAGGCAGCUGCCGGGGUCGCCCAACUGGCGCAGGAGAUGGUGGCUUCGUCACCCUGCUGGCUCGAGGAGGAGCGGCCCCAAGACACCGAGCUACGCAGCUUCGUGCAAGGCCUGGGUCAGAGCCCCGAUCGCUUCAGCCGAAUCCUGCUCUGUGUGGAGGCGCCCUGGCGUCACAACGAUGGCAGCCCUCCUGGAGAGGACAGUCCCCUCUGGCCUGGCUGCUGCUUUGCACUCUGGUCCUUGCUGGCCAUGCGGGCAGAGCCCACCAGGCUUCAGUCGCUGCGCGCGGUGCUGCCUGCAGUCGCGCAGGACGCGCCAGCCCCUGCCCGGUGGCUCGCUGGGCAGCUGCUGCUGCAGCUGCAGCUGCAGGUGCCCGCAGACCUGUCCGCAGCGGGCGCCGGUCAGGAGGCCAUCGUGGAAACGAGCAUCCAGGAGCGCGCGGCCCUGGAGGCGGCGCUGCUCGAGGAGAUCGAGCACAGCCGCCAUGGCCUCCAAGCACAGCUCGCCACAAGCUCCGAGGUCAUUCAAACGCAACAGCACCUGGUGGAAGAGCGGCAGAGGGCUCUGCCGAUGGAACCCGCCGAAGUGGAGGGCCCCGGCUGGCAGCGGCCUCUGGAGAUGGCCCUCCGCGAGCUCUGCGCCGCGCGGUCCUCGCUGGGCGACGCGCUCGGCGCCUCCGCACAGCGCCGCACCGCCGCCGAGGCGGCGGUGCGAGAGAUGAGUCAAGUUGACCUUUCCGGCGAUGCGGAUGAGGACCGCGGCAUGGACCAGCAAAUGCAGCUACUACGCCAAACAGAGGCGGAGUAUAUCGCAAGAUGCGAUGAGCAGCAGCAGCAUGGCGCCAUGCUGAAGUCCCACGAAGAACAGGUCGAGGCGGUGAAGGCCGUCAUGGAGGCUGCCGACAAGGCGGCGGCACCCUAG